GGAAAUCAUUCAGAAAUAAAAAAUAAUGAAAAAUACUGAAUUCAGUGAAUUCAGAAUUCAAAAAUAAUCCGUACUUGUGGUUAUUACAGUUUGUUUACCGACUUACCAUUAAACUAAUACAAAGUAAUAUUAAAGUCAUCUCGUCACUCAUAAUGUUUUCAGCAAUAUUGUGUAUCAAUUUUGAGUCUUAACUACAACUACGGCCUGAGUGUGUCUAUCCGGCGCAAAACAGUUUUUUCUAUGUUGUACAUUUGUAAGACGGAGACAACACAUGCGGGUAUAGCGUCCUCUUAAAAGUAAAACAUAAUUAGACAAGAGUCAACUAGUGAAAUAAAUCAUGGUUAAAAAAAGGAAAAGUGUACUAAAAUCUUCAACACAGGUUGUUGAUUCACCAAUGAAAGAACCAAGAAUUAUAAGAGGUAAUCAUUUAGAAAAAGCUCGCAACAGUUUAAAUGAAGCUCUUGAUGUUAUUGCAAAGAAGGAGCAAAACAAAGCCAAUGAUGUGACCGAUAAUGAUGUAUUAAUUGUAGAAGAAAAUGAUACAAAUAAGCGAAUUAAGAUAAAUGAAUCUAAACAAGAAGUUAAAGAUUCGUUGGUAUUAAAGUUACGAGAUCGCAGCAUUGAUUUAGCUUCUUUUACCAAUAAUUCAGCAAUGUACUCUAUAUGCCGAGCUUGGAUUAAAAAUGACCCAUUAUCAGCAAGACAAGUAAAAAGUAAAAAAUCUGAACAAUUGGAACGUUCGCUUAAAAUUGAUAAUGAAUCAUCUACAAUUGAAGAUUAUGUUUAUAAAUUGCCACCUCCUAAAAGCAGACCUGAAGAUGAGACUGAUGUAAUUUACAGAAUACCUAUAAAUUUACCAAAGGAUGUAGUAACCAAAAUGGAUAUUAAAAAUAAUAUUAAAGAAGUUCCUACUGUUAGUGAAUUACUUAAUGAGCACAGGAAAAGAUGGGUUUGUAUACGACAGCAGUGGAUUAAAUUCAGUAAUGAAAAUGAAUCCCGCUACGCUAUGUCUAAAAGCAUUUUGAAUUCAAUGUUAAACAAGGAUAAUAAUGUUUAGUACAUUCAGUAUACCAGUCUACAAGAAUAUAAUAUUUUUAUCAAUUUUUCUUUUUAGUUAAGUAUUGCAUAAUGUAUUAUACAAUUAUACAACAAAAUUAAUUUUAUAGCAUUAAAGAUUGUAUAUUGGAAAUUUAACUAUAUUUAUUUUAUUCAUACAUUUAGGUUUUAAGUAUUGUCAAGUAACAAUAUUAUUUUACUAUGGUUCUUAACUCUUUUAAUAUUGUAACAUAUCGAGUAAUUUAUUAAUUAUCAACCAUUAUAUUGCAGAUGUAAAAAAUUACUAUAAUAAACAUUUUUGUUAUACAUUAAUGUGCAUAUAUUAUUUAAAAUAU